GCCAAAUUAAAAUAAAACGACAGCAAGCCAGUUUUAUGAGCAACACGCGUCUGGUGGUGGCAUCAUUCUGGGCCUUUUUUCUAAUUGGUCUACCAUUUUGGUGGAAGACAACAGAGGUUUACAGAGCUAAUCUUCCAUUCGCUGAUAUUGAGUCCUGGAGGACAGGUCAAAGCUGCAGUUUUGUGUUUCCUACGACAUUUAUACUUCAUAUACCCCAUUCCUUACAAUACAACGACAAAGCAAACAAAGCCUUACAGCGUCGAUUAUCAACAGAAUUCAACAAACAAUCGUCAUGUGCAGAAUUCCCUGUUGAGGUACGAUAUCAGUCGUGGCAUAAAGAAGAAAAUGAGGUGACAAGACAGGACCGAGACGCGCCUGUUGGACAUUAUCAUAUCUUUAUUGACCAACCCAUGAGCUCCACAAAACAAUCCAUCCCUUACAAUAUUACUGUUGGCAAUGCACGUACCAGUGUGAUUGAAAUGGAAGAUAUGUCAGUUGGCAACGUAGAAAAGGCUGUAUAUACAUUGACAAAGAUGGUAUUUGGAGACGAGUAUCAAACGUUGGAUCGGAUUGCUUGUCGGGCAGAUCAAACUCGGGACAGAAAUGAUAUGAGUAGCAUGCGUGCCCUAAAGUAUUCGCCUCGAUACCAAGUAACGUUCAGCAUGAUGAAUAACGAUCCAACACGGUUAAUUGUGGACUGGGAUAUUCAAGAAGCAGUAAAAGGUUACGUGUAUCCAUUGCUUCGGGAGCUUUCAAUGGUUUCCAACUUCACGGUUGACUCCCAAGUACAGAACUACGCGUCCCUAUCCAUGAAACCGCAGUUCCGGGAACGUGAUGGCAAAGCAGGCUACUAUUAUCUAAAUCCUGAAAACCUUCCACAUUUCAUUAAUUCAGCGGAUUGGAAUCUAGCAUCCACUAUCUCAUCACAUGCGACGAUCAACUUUAUCUUGUAUGUACCGUCUCCUGACGAACGUUUAUGGAUCCAUGACAAACAAGGACAACCGUUGCCAGGUAAUGCAUUUUCGAUCCCUGGUUGGGGUGGGGUAGUUAUCAAGAAUCCGCCACCGCCACACACCCUUGGAGAAGAUCACCAUUAUGUGAUGGAUAAGAAACGACUGCAACCUGUGAUGCGGAUAUUUGUCUCACAGCUACGAACGCUGUUGGGCAUCCAGGACUUUAGUUCUGCCACAACGCAAGAAUUCAAUGUUACAUUUAUGCCCUCGCCACAUACGGGCAUUACAUUGUUGGAGAAAGAUACAGUGAUCCGCCGACGGACUGUGGAAAACAUUGUGAAUGCCGCGUCGACAUUGAGUUCGUUAGCACAGCUCGUAUCCGAGAUCCCCAACAUGGUAGUACUGGAUCAUAUCGCACUGCAGGUACAGCAGUCGCUGCAUGCACUUGACCUUGGCUGUCAUGCGCUGCAGACAGGUGGCUAUGAUGCAGCCUUGCAGCAUUCGAUCCAUGCGAUUGAAUUGGCAGAAGAGGCCUUCUUUAACCCAACCAUGGUGUCGAUGCUCUAUUUCCCGGACGAACACAAGUACGCCAUAUACAUGCCGUUGUUUGUGCCCAUUGCUGUGCCGUUGCUGAUGGCAGUGAUCAAGGGAUUGAAAGGAUUCAAAAAGACUGAAAAAGCAAAGACUGAAUAAAAUAGAAGUGUUGUG